AUGGCAGGCAAGCGCGCAGAGAAUCCUGACGGGAUGCCCGCGAAACGCCAGAAGACCGCUGGCGAGAUGAAUCCUAAAGACAAUCCCUACCUUGCUCAUUGGUACGACAACGGCACGAACGGCCACGCAAAUGGCUCCUCAACCCCUCCUAUUCGUAGUGACGGGCCCCUCGUAGACUUCCAGCGGCACAAGACCACCGCAGCACUAGCUCAAAAAGCCGAAGACGCCAAAGUCAACCCUUUCACAGGCCGCCCACACUCCGAUCGAUACUUCUCCAUCUUGCGGACCAGAAGAGAUCUGCCUGUCCAUGCCCAACGAGACGAAUUUCUUGAGUUGUACCAGAAAUCCCAGAUCCUGGUUUUCGUGGGCGAGACUGGUUCGGGAAAGACGACGCAAAUUCCUCAAUUUGUCCUCUACGAUGACUUGCCACAGCAAGAACGAAAACUUGUCGCUUGCACCCAACCUCGUCGAGUGGCCGCCAUGUCAGUGGCCGAGCGUGUCGCGAACGAGCUAGAUGUCAAACUUGGCGAGGAAGUGGGCUACAGUAUACGAUUUGAGGACAUGACAAGCCAAAAGACCAUACUCAAAUACAUGACGGACGGCAUGCUACUGAGAGAAGCCAUGAACGACCAUGAGCUCACCAGGUACAGCACUAUCAUCCUCGAUGAAGCCCACGAGCGGACACUAGCCACAGAUGUGUUGAUGGGUCUACUGAAAGAGGUGGUUUUGCGUAGACCAGACCUCAAAUUGAUUAUCAUGUCUGCGACCUUGGACGCUCAAAAAUUCCAGCGAUAUUUCAACGACGCGCCUUUGCUCGCCGUUCCUGGUCGAACGCAUCCUGUCGAGAUCUUCUACACCCAAGAGCCCGAGCCGGAUUACGUGGAAGCGGCAAUCAGAACUGUUUUGCAGAUACACGCCACGGAACCCGAAGGCGACAUCCUACUAUUCCUCACUGGUGAAGAAGAAAUCGAAGAUGCAUGCCGAAAGAUUUCACUAGAAGCCGACGAAAUGAUCCGCGAGGCAGAUGCAGGACCCAUGAAAGUGUACCCCCUCUAUGGCACCCUGCCUCCUGCACAGCAGCAGAAGAUCUUCGAACCCGCCCCGCCGCCGCGACGGCCUGGUGGUCGAGCGGGGCGCAAAUGCAUCGUCGCCACCAACAUUGCAGAGACGUCCCUGACCAUUGACGGGAUAGUGUAUGUGGUUGACCCUGGCUUUUCCAAACAAAAGGUGUACAAUCCACGCAUACGGGUUGAGUCGCUUCUUGUCUCACCCAUUUCCAAGGCCUCUGCUCAACAGAGAGCUGGUCGUGCCGGUCGUACUCGGCCUGGAAAGUGUUUCCGGCUGUAUACUGAGGGUGCCUUCAAGAAGGAGCUGAUUGAGCAAACUUACCCCGAGAUCCUCCGAUCCAACCUGUCGUCCACCGUCCUAGAGCUGAAGAAACUGGGGAUUGACGAUCUCGUGCACUUCGACCUGAUGGAUCCUCCUGCUCCAGAGACCUUAAUGCGAGCAUUGGAAGAGUUGAAUUAUCUCGCAUGUCUGGACGAUGAUGGAAACUUGACAACCAUGGGCAGGCUUGCGUCUGAGUACCCUCUAGAUCCAGCAUUGGCGGUCAUGCUCAUCUCUUCGCCCGAGUUCUACUGCUCGAACGAGAUCUUGAGCUUGACAGCUUUACUGUCCGUGCCUCAGAUCUUUGUGAGGCCUGCAUCGGCGCGAAAACGUGCAGACGAGAUGAAAAAUCUCUUCGCUCACCCCGAUGGCGACCAUCUGACCAUGCUCAACGUCUACCAUGCUUUCAAAGGGCCCGAGGCACAGGCUAAUCCGAGACAAUGGUGUCACGACCAUUUCCUGAGUCUCCGAGCCCUCCAGUCUGCGGAUAAUGUGCGCUUGCAACUGAAACGAAUCAUGGAGCGGGAAGAACUAGAAUUGAUGUCAACGCCGUUCGAGGACAAGAAGUAUUAUGAGAACAUCCGUCGUGCGCUCGUGUCUGGGUUUUUCAUGCAGGUGGCGAAGAAGGAAGCUAACGGCAAGACUUACACGACGGUCAAAGACAAUCAGACUGUACUUUUGCACCCGAGUACGGUCCUCGGCCAAGAGAGCGAAUGGGUGGUUUACAACGAAUUUGUGCUUACCAGCAAGAACUAUAUUCGGACAGUCACGAGUGUCCGAGGCGAGUGGCUGCUCGAUAUUGCGCCCGGUUAUUACCACAUAGACAGUUUUCCCAAAGGCGAGGUCAAGACGGCGCUUCAGAGGAUUGCAGAGAGGGUGGCUCGGCGGCAAAAGAUGAAAGGCGGACGAUAA